AGAGGACUCCCGCAUCAUCAAUUGGCCGUCCACGUUUCUAAAGCUGCACUGUGACUCACUACUCUCCACAGAGUCUAUUGUAGAGUUGAGCUGUCGUCCUUGUCUGUCCAAGGGAUUCUGUUAUCCUUUUACAUCAUAUAUACAAUACGAUUGAUCAUUCCUGAAGUACCAAUUGCCCCUCUAUCGCCAUGGACGCCAUCAAACGCACAUUUGCGCAGUGCCGCAAAGAGCAGCGAUCCGCCCUCGUGACUUAUGUCACCGCUGGUUAUCCUACCAUUGAGGAGACGCCAAAUGUCCUCCUUGGCAUGGAAGCUGGUGGCGCCGACAUUAUCGAACUUGGAAUGCCAUUUACCGACCCAAUCGCUGAUGGCCCAACGAUCCAGAAGUCCAACCUCAAAGCCCUCCAGAAUGGGGUCACGACUGAAUCCUGCCUCCAAAUGGUUCGCGAUGCACGCAAACGUGGACUCAAGGCUCCGAUCCUUCUGAUGGGAUACUACAACCCGGUUCUCAGCUAUGGUGAAGACAAGAUGUUGAAGGACACGCGUGAAGCUGGAGCCAAUGGUUUUAUCCUCGUUGAUCUGCCUCCUGAGGAAGCCGUUCAAUUUAGAAACAAUUGUGCCUCUGCAGGCCUCUCUUACGUUCCUCUAAUUGCACCAGCAACAUCUGAGGCUCGUAUGAGAGUCUUGUGUGGCAUUGCCGACUCCUUCAUUUACGUCGUGUCAAGAAUGGGUGUGACCGGUGCAACUGGUACCAUGAACGCUGCUCUACCGCAACUUCUUGAGCGAGUCCGCAAGUACUCAGGCAAUAAACCCGCAGCUGUUGGCUUCGGCAUCAGCACACGAGAUCAUUUCUUGAGCGUAGGAAAGAUCGCAGAUGGUGUAGUCAUUGGUAGCCAGAUCGUCAACGUUUUGUCUGAGGCCAAAGAGGGGGCUGCUGCCAAAGCAGUGGAAGACUAUUGCAGUGAUAUAACCGGUCGACGACCCGGGAAUGACUCUACGACUCGCGAAGUUGGCAUUGUUGAAACGAUGGCCGAAGCUGCGGAACCGACUGGCGUUCACCCAACCAAGGUCAUCCGUGACGGUGACGUUCCAGAUGGCCCUGGUCUCAUGGAUCAGAUUGAUGACCUGAACAUCAACGGAGUUAACGAGCAUACGAAUGGAGAUGCCAAAGGAGUCGCAGGCCCAUCUCGAUUCGGCGAGUUCGGUGGCCAGUACGUCCCUGAAUCACUGAUGGACUGUCUUGCUGAGCUUGAGACUGGCUUCAACGAAAUGAAGGACGAUCCCAAGUUCUGGGAAGAGUAUCGUACGUACUAUCCGUACAUGGGCCGCCCUGGCCAGAUGCACCUCGCUGAACGUCUCACUGAGCACGCCGGCGGGGCGAAUAUCUGGCUCAAGCGCGAGGACCUCAAUCAUACGGGUAGUCACAAAAUCAACAAUGCUCUUGGCCAAGUUCUCCUUGCCCGCCGCCUCGGCAAAACUGAGAUUAUCGCUGAAACGGGUGCUGGCCAGCAUGGCGUCGCGACCGCGACUGUAUGCGCGAAGUUCAAUAUGAAAUGCACAAUCUACAUGGGCGCCGAGGACGUCCGUAGACAGGCCCUCAAUGUGUUCCGAAUCAAGCUUCUAGGCGCAGAUGUCGUCGCUGUCGAAGCUGGCUCUCGCACAUUGCGCGAUGCAGUAAAUGAAGCUCUACGCCAAUGGGUCGUCAACCUGUCCACGACGCACUAUAUCAUUGGAUCUGCUAUCGGGCCACACCCUUUCCCAACCAUUGUUCGCACUUUCCAAUCCGUCAUCGGAAACGAGACGAAGGAACAGAUGCUAUCUAAGCGCGGUAAGCUCCCCGACGCUGUGGUCGCAUGCGUUGGCGGUGGAAGCAACGCCGUUGGCAUGUUCUACCCGUUCUCCAAGGACCCCAGUGUCAAACUUCUCGGCGUCGAAGCCGGAGGCGACGGUAUUGAGACUGGACGACACAGCGCUGCGCUGACAGGCGGCACGAAGGGUGUGUUCCACGGCGUCCGCACAUAUAUCAUGCAGGACAAGCACGGUCAAAUCCAGGACACGCACUCAGUCUCCGCAGGACUGGAUUAUCCUGGUGUUGGGCCAGAGCUGUCGAGCUGGAAGGACUCGGAGCGAGCGAAAUUUAUUGUUGCUACCGAUGCCGAGGCGUUUGCCGGUUUUAGACUCAUCUCGCAACUCGAAGGUAUAAUCCCGGCCCUUGAGACGGCACAUGCUGUCUGGGGUGCGCUAGAGUUGGCGAAGACAAUGUCCAAGGAUCAGGAUAUCGUUAUUUGUGUUAGUGGACGCGGUGACAAGGAUGUACAGAGUGUUGCUGAGGAGUUGCCCAAGUUGGGUCCUCAGAUCGGCUGGAAUUUGAGGUUCUAAGAAUCACCAUGUUAGAUUCAUGAUAGAUAUGUACGGACAUGCACGGACGUAGUUGACUUCUCCUCUUCUGACGGAGCUCUCUGUAGCUUCGACCCACUUCAAUCGAAAAGAAACGGCCCUUCACUCGCUCGGGCAUGCU